AUGAGGGACCAGGCCAUCACCUCACUGUCAGCAGCAUUAAGGCACAUUAGGGUGCUGGGCUGGGAUCUACUCAUGGUGGAGGAAUCUGUGAUACAGCAGAACAAGGCAAUCCCUGUGGCAAUAGCAAUAGUAGAUCUCUGGUGGCCAGAAGGGCAGCAUAGGUUCAACAUCAAUGACCUUUUUGAGGACUACUGGGAGUGGGUAGAGGAGAGAGCAUGGAUGGAGGCCAAGAGGUUGGCCAAGGAACCAUCCAUGUGCACCUGGGGACAAGCAGCAAGAGGUGAGGGCCAAGACUGUGCACCAGAAGAUGCCAAAGGAAACCCAUCAAGAGGAGCUGCACACUUGACAGGGGAGGGCUCUGGUAGUGUGAGCAAGGGAAAAGGGGAGCAGAAGGCCACCAGCAAGGAGGAUGAGCUGGCUGACAACAUCGACAAUGAUGAGGGCAAUGGUGAACCAGGUCCAUCCACAAAGGGACCCUGCACAGCUGGGGACAAUGAACCCUGCAAGACAUGUGCCCAGGCAAACCUCAUGUGUGUUGGGGAGCCAGAGGUGUCCUGCAAACAGUGCAGGAAGGCGAAAUGCAAGUGCUUGCACUCUCAAGGCAUAGGGAGAAAGCAAAAGAACUCUGGUACCGUUGGGGAGGCAGGGCUGUCCCACAAACAAGUCAAAUCAUUUAUGACCUUGAAGCUGGCCCCAGCAGAAUCUGUGACUGAACCUGUCAAGAAGCUUACUCUGAAAAUUUUGGCUCAAAAACAGCAGCCUGAUCUGACCCCCACAUGCUCACCUUUGCCAGAUCCAGCCCCUUCACUUCACAAUCCUUCACCAACACCCCAUCUCUUUUUCUGCAGAGCCUCUCCAACACCCAGACCUUCACCCAAGCCCUCACCUGUGCCUGUCAAUGAUCCUCAUGCAUCACUUCCAAUGAACAAACUGCAAGUCAAGAUUGAACCAUUUUUUGUGACUGCAACCAGUUCACUGGAUGACCCUGGAGAUGUCAAAGUGACAGCCCAGAGCGACACUCCAUCAGCUGUGGAAAUUCCAGAGGUCAAAUACCCAUGUGAGUGGUCAACAGCAAACAUUGUUGAGCAUCUGUGA